AUGAAGUUCCUCGACAGCGCCAACAUGUUCUCGAACGUCUACCUCUCACUUCUGCUAUUCGCCUCGACACCCGCAUUGGCCAUCUGGCCAGCCCCCGAGUCUUUCAGCACAGGAAACUCUACCCUGUGGAUAGGACACCAGCUGUCUGUUACUUACAAUGGAGGACAUCUCGCCUGGGCUUUCGGCUACGUGCCCCAAGGACCGGGUUUUUCUAGCAAGGAGAUCGUGAAGGGCGGUGUUUCGCGUGUCAUGAAGAGCAUUCUGGAGGACAACUUCGUCCCGUGGAAGCUUUACAAGCGAAUGGAACUGGAGUCGUCUGAGCCUGCUCUGUCGAAGGCCAAAACUUACAUAUCGGAGCUCCAAAUCACCCAAACCAAGACCGACACCGCCAAGACGUUCAAGCCCUUGGCCGGUGAAGCCGACGAAUCCUACAGCCUCUCUGUAGGAACCAACGGCACGGCCAAGAUUGAGGCUGAUUCUUCCACGGGUGUGCUGCGGGCUCUGGAGUCAUUCUCGCAGCUGUUCUACAAGCAUUCGCAAGGACCAUUCAUAUACACGAAGAUGGCCCCGGUGAAGAUCACUGACAAGCCUCAAUACGAUCACCGCGGCAUCCUGUUUGAUGUCUCGAGAAACUUCUAUUCCGUCGAUAGUAUCUUCCGGACCAUCGACGCCAUGGCUUACAACAAGAUGAACCGGCUCCACAUCCACGCCACGGAUUCCCAGUCGUGGCCCCUGGAAAUCCCCUCGAUGCCAGAGCUUCACCAGAAGGGGGCGUAUGCGAAGGGCAUGACAUACUCUCCGAAAGAUGUUACCACCAUCCAGGAGUAUGCGAUCCAGCGGGGUGUGGGGGUCAUCUUUGAGAUUGACACUCCCGGCCACAUUGGAGUUGCCGCUCUCUCGCAUCCGGAGGUGGUCACUGGCUGGAACUCGGCCCCGUGGUCGCAGUACUGUGCCGAACCGCCCUGCGGCCAGCUUCGACUCAACGACUCCAGCGUGGACCCGUUCCUGGACAAGCUGAUGGCCGACGUCUUGCCAAGAGUCGCUCCUUACUCGGCCUACUUCCACACAGGAGGCGACGAGGUCAACUUCAACGAAUAUAACCUCGAUCCCACAGUUGGCACCAACGACUCGGCUGUCAUCGUGCCGCUUCUGCAAGCCUUCUUCGACAAGCACCAUGCGCGAGUGCGAAAGGCUGGUCUGGUGCCGAUGGUUUGGGAGGAGAUUCCCGCUUCCUACAACGUUACGGUUGGGGACGAUGUGGUCGUCCAGUCGUGGCUUGGAGACGCGGCCAUCAAGUCACUCACGGGACAAGGCCACAAGGUCAUCACCAGCAACUACAACUACUGGUACCUUGACUGCGGCCGCGGCCAGUGGCUAAACUUUGCCAACGGAGCACAGUUCGACACAUACUACCCCUUCAACGACUGGUGCAGCCCGGCCAAGGGCUGGAGGCUAGUCUACUCGUACGACCCCCGCGCGGGCCUCACGGACGACGAGGCCAAGCUCGUGCUGGGCGGCGAGGUGGCCGCGUGGUCCGAAUCCAUCGACGAGGUCAACAUCGACGACAUCCUAUGGCCGCGCUCCAGCGCCGCGGGCGAGGUCCUGUGGUCGGGACGGACCGACGCCUCGGGCCAGAACCGCACGCAGCUGGACGCGGCGCCGAGACUGGCCGAGUUCCGGGAGCGCAUGCUCGCGAGAGGUAUCAAGUCCGCUCCUGUGCACAUGGUGUUCUGCACGCAGGGCAUGGACCCUAGCGCAUGCCAGAUUACUUGA